CGUCCUACUCCGGGGCACUUGGACUUAUCCCAGGCAACCAUUCGCGAUGCUUCCGUUUCUGCUCUCGCAUCGGCCAGGAUCAUUCAGGACAUCGAAUCCUUCAGUUACCCUGAGGGCAUCAAGAGUCCUGGUCCUGCUCUUGAGUUGAACGUUGAUGCAGACAAGGGCAAAUUCCGUUAUGACCGUCAGUUCUUGCUUCAAGUCUGCAAGGAGCGGCCAGACGCUUCGCCGAUCCUCAAUGCUCUUGGUAUUGAC